AUGGCAGGAGAUGCAAUCUCGAGUGGAAUCCCACAAAACCCAUGCCAGGAUUCCAACCCUCCACCAGCGAAAAAGAAGAGGAACCUCCCAGGAACACCAGGCAAGGACUGCAUCUCCCCCCCCUCCCUCUCUCUCUCUCUCUCUCUCUCUCUCUCUCUCUUUGUCUCUGUUCGAUAGAUGAAGUAUGAUUUCCAUUUACUUGUUUAUAAAUGUUUCUUCGUGUGGUCUUGCUGCAGAUCCUGAAGCAGAGGUCAUCGCCUUGUCGCCGAAGACCCUUCUGGCUACUAAUCGGUUCCUCUGCGAGAUAUGCGGUAAGGGGUUCCAGAGAGACCAAAACCUUCAGUUGCAUCGCAGGGGGCACAACCUCCCAUGGAAGCUGAAGCAGAGGAGCACAAAGGAGCCGAGGAAGCGGGUCUACGUCUGCCCGGAGAAGAGCUGCGUCCAUCACCACCCCUCGAGGGCUCUCGGCGACCUCACCGGAAUCAAGAAGCACUUCUGCCGGAAGCACGGGGAGAAGAAAUGGAAGUGCGACAAGUGCUCCAAGAGGUACGCCGUGCAGUCAGAUUGGAAGGCGCACAUGAAGACGUGUGGGACUAGGGAGUACCGGUGCGAUUGUGGCACGCUCUUCUCCAGGUAUGUUCACUACUGCAGCUUAUUUCUCUGUCUCUCCGCCUCUCUUGGUAGUCUACAUCGUUAACUCUCUUCCAAGUCUCCCUCUCUGUCUGUCUGUCUGUCUGUCUAUAUACUAGUCUCUUCCCCCAUCGACCGCGUAGUUAGUGAUUUCCGUCGUCAUCAAAUGCCGAUCGAAUCAGUAUGAUCACAACUCAACUCUGUCAACGGUUCCAUGAACAGGAGAGACAGUUUCAUAACCCACAGGGCCUUCUGCGAUGCCCUAGCCGAGGAGACUGCCCGACUCUGCGCGGCGUCGUCCAGCGUCAGCUGCGUUACCACUGCCGCCAACGGCGGCGCAGUCAGCUGCCAACUCCCCGGAGGAUCCAUGAGGUCAAGUCUGGUGCAACAUAUCUCCUCCGCCUUUAACAAGCCCGGCCAGGGCUUCAGCAACGCCACAGCCUUCUCAGAUCUCCAAUCCCUCGGAGCCAACUUCUUCGGCGAUUCAUUUCCCACGCGCGCAAAUCCUCAUCAACUGGAUUACCAGUUGAGCUGUAUCUACGGCAACAAGGCUGGACCAUCUCCCACCUCAGUUGAUCUAACAAGCACCUCCUUCCCCACCACCAGCGACAUGAAGGAGACCGCUAUCUCUCACCAUCUCCUCGCGAGCGUUCCAUCCCUCUACAGCACGCAGCACCAGCAGCCCUCUGCACCGCCACCGGACAUGUCGGCGACGGCGCUCUUGCAGAAGGCGGCGCAAAUUGGAGUCGCGCCGAUCGAACCGCCAUUUCUGUGGAGCUUGUAUUCGAAGAGUGGCGGCGGAGGGAUUCAAGUUGAAGACAGCAACAAGUUUGAGAACUUGUUCUCUCUGAACCCAACGGGAUUGAGUGAUAUCCCCGUUCUGAACCAGCUUCAAGGUUUCUCCACGGAGUACCCUCUACCCCAGAAGGAUGAGCUAGGAGGUCAGACAAGAGACUUCUUGGGAGUCAACGUCCAGGCAGUCUGCCCACCUUCAAUCCAUGGAUGGAUCUGA